CGUUACUACCCCAGCUUUUCACAGCAGACUGUGUACAAGUGGGACAACACAUUCUCUACACUCAGCAGGAUCUCCUGUAACACAGUCUCCAAUAGUAUCACACAAUAACAGCAAUAAUAACCAAUACAGUGCAAAUAAACAGAACUCCUCACCAGCACCCCCUGGUGGAGAGAGUUUCUUCGAGGAGGACUCCAGUUUUGUGAAAACGACUGAAAAGAUAUCCAGCAUUGGUGCUACAACUAGUUUCCAGUCUGUUCAGAACUCCUCAGCAAAGGGUGAUUUCACCAGUUCAUUCACUAUUGGCUCAACACAGGGGACAAAUCAUCAAAGGGAGAACUCGGUCAAUUCAGUCAAUUAUGGUGGUGCUAUUUUCAGUCCCCAUGUCCCAUCAACUAGCAAUAUGUCUUUGUCUCAUAUGGAUGCUUCUAAAAGUAAUCCAGUUGCUAGCCACAGUGGUGCAAUAUCAGGAACACAGCAAUCUUAUCAACUCACAGCCAACCAGCAAGCCAACAAAGAAUUUGAUGGCCACAAUUUUCCCCACAGUAGAGAGCUGCUGAAAGUUUUCACACAAGUAUUUGGUUUGAGGAAUUUCAGGCAUAAUCAGCUACAAGCUAUCAAUGCGACCUUGUUAGGAAAAGACUGUUUCAUUCUCAUGCCAACAGGUGGAGGGAAGAGCUUGUGCUACCAGCUUCCUGCCUUACUGACACCAGGUGUCACUGUAGUCAUCUCACCUCUCAGGUCACUCAUACAGGACCAAGUACAGAAAUUGUGCUCGUUAGAUGUGCCAGCAGCCCACCUGUCUAGUGAUGUAACUCUAGCCCAGUCUGAGAACAUCUAUCACCAGCUGUACCUCAGAGACCCUGGCCUGAAACUCCUCUAUGUUACUCCUGAAAAGAUAAGUCAGAGUGAGAAGCUGCUGUCUGUAUUUGAAAACUUAUACAGGAGGAAAAUGCUGAGUCGCUUUGUCAUUGAUGAAGCUCACUGUGUCAGUCAGUGGGGUCAUGACUUCAGGCCAGACUAUAAAAAGCUGAAGCUGCUGAGGCAGAAAUACCCUGGUGUCCCCAUGCUGGCAUUAACUGCUACAGCCACCCCUAGGGUCAGGAAAGAUAUUCUCUACCAGCUGAAUAUGAAGGCACCCAAGUGGUUCACCCAAAGUUUUAACAGGACAAACCUCAAAUACUCUGUACAGCCUAAGAAGGGGAAGUCAUUGAUGAAUGAAAUGAUCAACCUAAUCAAGACAAAAUUUUCAAAACAGUCUGGCAUUAUCUAUUGUUUAUCACGAAAGGAGUGUGAGACAGUAUCAAGUGAACUCCAGAAGGCAGGUAUCACAUCUCAACCCUAUCAUGCUGGUCUGACAGACUCAGAGAGGACACUAGUCCAGGAGAACUGGAUCACAGACAGCUACAAGGUUGUCUGUGCCACCAUUGCCUUUGGUAUGGGUAUUGACAAGCCAGAUGUGAGGUUUGUGUUCCACUACUCUUUACCCAAGUCAGUGGAAGGUUACUACCAGGAGUCUGGCAGAGCAGGAAGAGAUGGCAAACUGUCCACGUGUAUCCUGUUCUACUCCUACCAAGAUGUCAACAGAAUGAGGAGAAUGAUUGAGAUGAAUAGUGAGGGAGGCUAUGAAACCAAGAAAGUUCACUUAGAUAACCUAUACAAGAUGGUCCACUACUGUGAGAAUGUAGCAGAGUGUAGAAGGACGCUCCAGCUCAAUUACUUUGGGGAGAACUUUGACAGAAGUCAGUGCACUGCCAUGCCAGGAGCUAUGUGUGACAACUGUGCAUCCAGGGAGCUGUUUGUGAAGGAAGAUGUCACAGAAGAUGCCAAGGCUAUAGUUCAGGGUGUGAAAGAAGUUACUGGGAAAGGUGGAAGAUUCAACAACUUUACACUGCUUCACUUUAUUGAGAUAUUUAGAGGUGUGUGGAAAAAAUAA